AUGACUUCCGCGGAUCAAGAUCUUCCGAAUGGGCUGUCGAUACACACCUUUACUGAAGUUGAUUUUGCAUCGCAAUUGCUGAGUCACUACAUCACACAAGACUAUGAUGGCCAAGAACGGGCUCCCGUCAGCGUCCCACGCGAUUAUGAAAAUACUUGCGCACCAGGUCAAUACACCGAACAGCCCACGCCGCUUGUAAGCCACAACAUUUGCAAUGAUGUAUCACAAGGAGAAACCGGUUCGCCUACAUCUACCGACAUUGAUAACUACCCGUUCAAAUGCGGCCAGUUGGGUUGCGGCUACGCAUUUAGCGGCAAAGAUGACCAGCUUAAACAUAUAAAAAAAUGCAAGUUGGUUUUGAAGAUUUUGGACUGGAGGAAAUCGGUCGAGAACUGGACACCCGAAGAACAGGCCAACCGUCGUCGGAUUGUUCUCUUCCACAGGACACAAAUCGAAUCGAAAGUUGAGGCUAUCUGCCAACCUGUGAGCAUCAAGGAGCGAAUAAUCAACUGCAUCUGCAUAUCCUGCAUCUGGUGGGCCGAGAAAGGCGAGUGUUAUGUCACAUCAGUCGAUAUUAUCCACCUUCUCGAGCAACUUAUCGUAGCGCCGAGCUGUUUUAGGGUCGAGGAGAAGAACCGUAUUCACUUUUACAAGACCAAGCCCGAUACUCAGAAGUUCUUCAAGAUCAUCAUGGGCUUUCCUGAUCCCAAGCCCCUCAGUAUUGGGGAGGACGUCAAGGUAUUCCCAUGGGAAAAUCUUGAUUCUGCUCUCGAGAAGAUCAUUCGCAGUUACACGGUUCUCUCCAGCCUUACGGCCCCUGAUCCUGAUGCUGGGUCAGGCCAACGAGAGCUUGCUACACCUGAAACCCGUGACACUCCAGAAAUCGAGACAUUGACUGAUGACUACCCAAACACCUAUCAUGUUACUCCACUCCAUGACCCCACGCUUCCAGAAGGAUUCUACGCCCACCAAGAUGGAAGCCAGCUUCCAAUGGAGGAGCUCCAGCCACGGCAUGUAUCUGUUUGCCAACUUCCGGGGCAAAAGAAUUCCCCAAUUGACCCAGCGCUGACGUCGAACGUCCAAUUGGAUUCUAACUCGGAACUUGCAAGGACACAUAGAGAGUCGACUCCAAGGGCAAAAGCCACCAAGAAGAAGAAGGGGCAAAGAAACAAGGUCGUAUUAUCCUGCUCUUUUUGUACGAAAACCUUUAGCGGAAGACACAGAAAACGCGAACAUGAACGCCAUCAGCGAACUCAUACUCGUGAGCGUCCAUACAUAUGCAAGUGGAAGAGUUGCGGCAAGCGCUAUCCUCGACCAGACCAUAUGACACGCCAUGCAAAGAUCUGUCGUCACAAGCCAGCAGCUUUAGUUACAAAUGAUGGUGUCAGCGAGAGUCCUUCUAAGUUUCCGCAUCGAGGACGACCCACUCCAGAUUCAAAUCCACCUUCUCUCCAGAAUGAAUUGGACCUGCCUGGGACGUUGAUUCAAGAUGAAUCCGACUCAGAACCAGCAGAGGAUGAGAUAGUUGUGUGUUUGAGACCAGAACAGGACCAUCACAAACAGAAUGCACCCACACUGCCUCUGGACAAACAUAUUGAUGGAGUUGACGAUACCUAUCAGGAUACUGAGGAGAAAGCGCGAGGUAGUAAGCUCUCCGUCACAUACGACAACGAUGACUGGGGCUAUGCUAUAGCAGACGGGAAGAUUACCAUUUACUACAAGAACACUCUCCUUACCAAUUUUGACCGCGGUAUUCAACACGAGGUACCAGGGGAUAUUAAACAACAACAGGAGGGCGGGGCCGAAGCUGAACAGAUUCAUAUCAAAAGAAGAACCAGGGCAAUGACUCAGCGCAACAUAUCGUUCAGCGAGAACACUGAUGCGCAGCAGUGCCGCGAAGAGACUCAUGCCACGAUUGAUGAAUUGCAAAAGAUGCUGCCGGAGUCAAAAGGACUGGAUCUGAGUAGAAUUUCUGUGUGCGAGCUCGAUGAUAUUCUCAAGGCGGUAUGGGAGGUGCUUAAUACGAUACGGCAGGUACUGAUUAAGAGUUGGAUUGAGAAAAACAGAACCUGCCAAGCAGCUUCUUGA